AUGUUUGCCUCACAGUCUAUAAUAUCUCUCAGAACUUUGCUAACUGUCCAGCAUUUACCGGAUUACAAAAGCUCCUCAAGUCAGGUUGCAUUGGCUCAGGAAGAUGAACCUGACCCUUGGGAUUUGCCAGAAUUUAAUCUAAAAGUGGUGCCUUGGUCAGACCUGAGCACAGCUGGAAAAGUGAAGCGAGUGGUAUGGGACUACUUUCUGCGAUUUAUCGUCUUAUUAGGACUGCUCUACUUGUUUAUUUGCUCUCUAAGCUUCCUCAGCAAUGCCUUCCAACUUCUCGGGGGAAAAGAGGCCGGCGAGGCUUUCAAAAACAAACAACUGCUGGGCAAUCCCGUUGCUGGCUUGAUGUUGGGGGUGCUAGCUACCGUGCUGGUUCAAAGUUCUUCCACCUCCACUUCCAUCGUAGUUGCAAUGGUAUCCGCUGGAGCUCUGGAGGUGAAGUUUGCGGUCUUUAUUAUCAUGGGCGCUAACAUUGGCACAUCUGUGACAAACACCAUCGUGUCUAUCACCCAGAUCUCGGACAAGGACCAAUUCCGGAGAGCCUUCGCUGGGGCUACCGUCCACGACAUGUUCAACUGGCUGUCCGUCAUCAUCUUACUCAUCAUCGAAUGGGCAUCCAGUUUUCUGUACCAUUUCUCAAAUUGGCUGGUGUCAAACGUGAGUAGUGAAAUGGAUUAUGAGGACACCGAGCUGCUGAAGACGAUAACAAAGCCUUUCACCAAACUCGUCAUUUCGCUGGACAAAAACAAAAUUAAGAGUAUUGCCACUGGCAAAAAAAGACGAGAUGAGAUCUCCACAAUCAUUAAGACUUGUUACUCAACGAAGACGAACGAAACAUGCGCCAACUUAACUAUGCUGGCCUCAAAUGAAACCGGCAAUUGUUCUUAUGAAGUCCCCAAGGAAGACUGCUAUUACUUGUUUAAAAAUGUGACAGAGGUGUGGGACGACAAGGUGAUUGGAGCUGUGCUUCUCGUAGCCUCUCUAGCUCUCAUGUCCAUCUCCCUUAUUCUGAUCGUCAAGCUGCUUCAGUCCAUUCUGAAAGGAAAAGUCGCCAAGGUUAUUCGUAAAUUCUUGAACUCGGAUUUCCCGGGUCCUCUGCGUUACCUGACAGGAUACGUGGCCAUCCUUAUUGGUUGUGGAGUGACUAUAAUGGUGCAGAGUAGUUCUAUCUUUACGUCAUCGCUAACGCCAUUGGUCGGCAUGGGAGUGAUCACAGUGGACCGGAUGUACCCGCUAACCCUCGGCUCCAACAUCGGCACGACCUUUACGGCCGUCUUGGCAGCUCUCGCCUCGGACAACAUCCACGACACCUUGCAAAUCGCUCUCUGCCAUUUGUUCUUCAACAUUUGCGGCAUCAUCAUCUGGUACCCUAUACCAUUCAUGAGGAAAGUGCCAAUCAACAUGGCCAAGUUUCUGGGCACCACAACCGCCAAGUACCGAUGGUUCGCCAUUCUUUACAUUAUCCUCAUGUUCUUUCUCUUCCCCCUGUCCGUGUUCGCUCUGUCUUUGCCAGGCUGGUACGUCCUCUUGGCGGUCUACGGUCCCUUCGUCAUCCUCAUAGUCGUCAUACUGAUCGUUAAGUUUAUCCAAACAAAGAGACCUGAAGCGUUGCCGGAGAAUUUGAGAAACUGGAAAUGGUUGCCCGAAUGCUUGCGCUCCCUGGCACCCCUUGAUCGUUUGCUCACCCGAUGCAAUUGCUGCAAAUACACAAGAUGCUGUGGUUGCUGCGACAUAGAGGUUAAUAUAACUGAUCCAUGAAAAACUUGGGCAUCAUCCAUCAAUCACGGAUGUCUUCUUCAAAAAUUACUCAGCAGACCUCAACUGAGUGAUGCUGAAUAUAUGCAGCUGUUUAUGUCCUCUGAGAAACAAUUCUGCUGAUACAGUUAUAUCUGUUUGGGACAAUUAGAUGCGAGCUAACCGUGAUCCGAUGAACCAUAGAGUGUUUGUGAUAACACACAGGUGUACAGUUUAUUGUUUUCGUUGUCCAUAGCAGCAUAUAUUCCAGAAACUCUACAUAUUACUUUCAUUUAUAUCACUGAUGGUUACCGCAGGCCUACUUCAGUUUUACGACCACGUGUCGAGACAGCCUGAUACCCCAUCAGUGCUUCGUCCAUUCCAGCUAGUGCAUGUACAUUGCGUCGUCAACAUUUUCUCUAGUACACAAAUUCUGUUUGUAAAUACCUGCGAGAGCAUUUUUAUUGUGGAUAAGAAAAAUGAGUAAUACUGAAUUGUUACGAAAAAAAUCAGAACUUGCACAUAUUCGUAAGGAAUCCUGUACGUACACUGUACAUAUAUAUUGUACAUGUAUAUAUUCUUCUGUCUGUCUAUGUAGCUUUGAAUCCUGUGAUGUAAAAUUUUAAGCAAUCUCUACAAAAGGAAUUAAGAUUUAUAGUCUUUUUACUAAAAGAUUUGUAAAUACGAUGUGAAAAUUUUUAAGUUUUAUUUUUAUUUUUUUAGAAUAAUUGUGGAAGCAAAGAAGGUGAUAAUCAAUAGUACUGUCAAGAAGGCUUAUUACAAAAGGAAGUCGAGCAGAAGUUUUCUAUUGUUUUCGUUGUUAUGUCAUUAUUCAGAUUGUGUGAAAUGGUCAAUCAGCGUGACUCUUCCUGGGGAACAUGGUUUUAAGUUAAAACCAGUUUCUGAUUGGUCAAAUCAUGUAAGAGAAAGAGUAUCCAUAGACGCUACUUUUUAUGAACGUGUUGUUUUUUUCAUCAGUGCUUUAUGUUUGUAUGGAAAUGUAUAUCGUGUUGACAGUAGACACUUGAAUUAUCUUCUCUCCUUACAGAAACUAGAACCGGAAAUCUCUUACAUGUAAAUAUUUAUUUUUUAAGUAUUUAUAACAAAAUAUACUACCAAAUGUUGUUGUGAAAGAUAUAUUUUAGUGAAGGGUGGGGGGGGGAUUCCACAUUGGCUCUAUUUUUUAAUGGAAUUUUUAAUACUUUUACUCAUGGAAUAAAGAAUCUACUAAAUAAUUCGUAAAACAAUUUGCAUGGUGAUUUUGUUUCCAUGUUAAAUAUCCUGACUAUAAAGGAAAAGGAAUAUUUCUUGGGCACGACGUAAGCACUAAAUAAAUAAAUAAAGCCCUGGGAAGCGCACUGUUAAUCUCAUAUUUAGGGACAAAAGCAAAUUCAUGAACAACACCUAGUCCAUAUUUAUUUCAUGCCAUUGAAAAUGCCAACACUAUGGUGACUACAGAAGGGGCUGUAGCCCAUCGUCCUUUCAUCAAUGAAGUCACAGGUUCGAGUCCAGGCCUUGCUAGUGCUGUUGCAAUUUUCAGAGAAUUUGCCAAAUCAAAAGGCCUACGAAAUGGUAUCGCUUUACCCCGGGCACCCAAGUUUCCUCCACUAUAUCUGACCCUUUGUACAAGAAAAAAUUUCUUGAAGACAUCGUCAAAACCCAAUGCCAUAAAUACU